AUGGACCGGUCGCGCCGCACAACUCAUCGCCGCCGCCAGCUAGGGGAUUCUGCAUCUCCUGUCUCUGCCUCAGAAGCCUCGUUUGAUCUCAAUUCAUCCACGAGCCCCGUGCUCGCGCAUAUUAACACCACGCCCCAGUCCGCUCACAGUGCGGGUGGUCGCCGCUCCAGCAAACCUCAUCAGCGCGCCUUCACUUUCUCCCCACCGGGCCCUCACCGUGGCCUCAAUCUGAGGAAGCGCUCCUCUAUCAUGGACAACUACUCCAUUGCUGAUGACGAUGAGGAUGGCCCCAAGAAGGGUGGUCACAGUCUUCGGAAGCGCGCACGCGUGGAUUACACCUUUGAGCACAUCGAGGACGAUGUCACUGUCCCCAACUCCAGCUCCUCAGCCCGUGGUAGAAAGCGCAGGCCUGAUGUCAAUUUCGAUACUGAGGACUUCUACGGCACAGACUCCAAGCGGAGGGGUGCUUCCAUGGGUGCCGAUACCCCAUCCACCCGCCGGAGAAACCCCUCGCGGAAGUCGAGCGAGAUGAAGGCAUACCGCGAGCCCUUUGAGGAAGAUGACAACGAUGUCCAAGACACCAUCGAAGUUGGCAUCUCAUACUCGGAUGUCGAUGAAACAGAAUUUCAAGAGCCCAGCUAUUCAAAUCAUUCAUCACCCGCCAAAACGCCGCCAGUGCCCGAGAAUGGAGCCCCGCCGGCAAAAAGCAAUCAUCAAAGCAAAGAUCAAAGCCGUCCAUCUAUCGAGGAUGCCACUCAGAUUUCCCGGCCACCUCCUCAGACUACUCUUGACUCCUACUUUUCCAAGGCCCCUCUUGAAAAGUCUGUCUCUCAACCUGCAGAGCAGUUGAAGAGUGAGUCUGCAAAGGUGGAAACGACAGCCGAAGAGCUACCUUUACCGCGUACCCCUACUCCUACUGCUGACGUCGUUGCGCCUACCGCUGCAGUUGCGCCUACGAAUGUCGUUGCGCCUACGGAUGUAGUUGCGCCUACGGUUGCGCCUUCGGAUGCCGUUGCGCCUUCGGAUGCCGUUCCGCCUACGGAUGCCGUUGCACCUACGGAUGCCGUUGCACUUGCGGAUGAUGUCGCACCUACGGAUGAUGUUGCGCCUAUGGAUGAUGUUGCGACUGCAGAUGAUGUUGCUACCACGGAUGCUGUUGCCGCUACGGAUAUUGCUGCUACAGAUAUUGUUGCCGCUGCUGAUGUCGUUAAGGCGGCUGAUGUCCUUGCGACGGCUGAUGUUGUUACACCUGAUACCAUUGCGGCGACUGAUGGUGUUGCAACUGCUGAUGUCGCUGCGCCCACUGAAACAGCUACUACUACUGAUGUCGUUGCGCCCACUGAGGUCGUUGCGCCCACUGAGUCCAUUGCAGCUACUGACGCUGUCACGGAUGCUCCCUCAACUACUGCCGCUGAGUCUUCGGUCAGUGAAUCCACCCCGCCACCAAUCGAAACGCACUUGAAUGGUGAAUUCGUAUCAAGUCCCAAAGAGAUUGUCGAAGAGCGCCUUGAACCUUCCAGCAGUAUCAAGAAAGAAGCCGAGGUGGAAACUACCAACACCACCCGUGUGUCACCGCUUCAAGACAAUCAGGACAACGAAAGCAUACAGGACAACGAAGACAAAAUGGACAUUGAUCCAGUCGAGGAGCCUGCGCAAGACACUGAAAUGGCUGAGUCAGGGUCUGAACCCCUAGAACCGGAGCAUGAUGUUUCUACAACACCCGUUCUAGAGAUCCCCAACGAUGUUCCUGCAUUGCCUGAAGUGACCAGCGCAAAUUCAGACCUAAGCAAACCAGAGGAAAAAGAGGACGCAACAAAUGACAAAGCAUCAGAUUCAGCCCUCGCGUUGCCCGAUGCAACCCAGUCCUCAAAUUCACCUCAGAAACUACUCACCAAGGAAAGCCCGGUACCUAGCGCAAGCCCCAAUGAAAUUGAGGCAUCGACCCCUCCACCGCCAGUAGAAACGAGCGAGCGUCUUCCUUCUAUACAACCAGAACCGAAGUCAAGCCCUCGCAAGACCGCACCUCCUCGGCCAACUAUGGCAAGGCCACAACCCACCCCUGUUGGCCGUUGGUCCCAUCUCACGCCCUAUGUCGAUGGAGAGUAUAUUUCGUACCCCGAAAAGAAAGGCCGUCUUGAAGAGGAUACUACUGCCGACGAGCCCACUCCCGACGGCAAAGACACCGAUCGAGAAGGCAUGGACAUGGAACCAAUGGUGGAGGACAACGAUGACAACACAGCACUAGAAGCGCCAACACCUGCUCUCAACACUCCUACUCGGGGCUCGCCGGUUCCUGACUCGACAGAUCCUACUGCUUUCAACUCGCCAGCUCCGGGUGGAGAGGACCCAGAUGAUGCCGACGUCUCUGAAUCCCAGGAGCCUCCCGACAGGCGCCGGUAUUUCAAGUACCGCAAACUUCGCGACCCUGAGGAGUACAUUUCGGCUAUUGAAAACUGCGAAGAUAUGUCCACCACAGAUCUCUACGAGAUCCUGGAAGCCAUCAAUGUUUCAUUAGGCCAAUGGCAGCAGGAAUGGACUGGGUUGGGCAAGGUGGUAGACGACUAUGAAAACGCACUGCGCCGACGAGCCGCAGACACCAAGUACGAGUCUAGGACCCGUAACUUACACCAGCAUGGUGUCAACUACGAGGAGCCAGACUUUGGCGUCAAGGGGUACAAGGCCCGGGAGAAGGAAGGCAUGACCGAAACUCGCUACCUCCAGGCCCAAGACCGCAUCAUGGCUGCCACUUACGGCUUUGAAUACGACCCUCACCCCUCCAAGAUUGGUCGGCAAAAUCCAGAGACACAACAGGUCGGGAUCAUGACACGCGGGCGGUCAUUGCGCAACCAGCCGAGACAAACCGCCAAGGCCACUGAGACGGAUGAGGUAACGGGCAAGCGGAACCGGAAACCAGUUCAACUUUUUGACCCAGCAGCUGCGCAAGAAGUCAGCCGAAGUUCGACUCCUGUUCCAACUGGCCGGGGUCGCCGACGAAAGAAUGCCAAUGGUGAUGCCGAGGAAACCCAAUCCAACCCCAAUGCUAGCUUCAACACUGACAUUGUUUCCGAUGGCGAGGAUGCACCUCAAAAGAUCAGGCGCAGGCGUGGCCCGCGAGCCAAAGGAGCUGUGCCUAGCAUCGUUGAGGAGCUUCUUCCAGAGCAGGAUGAAGACGAGUCUGCAUAUAACUACGAGCCCGCAAAGCCCACUCGACGAGGGCGGGGAAGGCCGGCUAUUAGAUACGAGGAGGCGGACCCCAAUGAGUUUGUCGAAGACGAGCCCCAGCCGGAAAUGAAGCAGCCGAGACGACAUCUCCUGACCCUCAAGAUCCCAAAAGGCAAACACUUCAGCGAACCUUCCUCUGCCAUCACCGAUAAUGGAGACUCCCGUCCAUCGACGGCUUCUUCGGAGGAGUCUUCGCACACCGCCGAAUCUUCAUAUUCGUUCCGACCUAAACGGCAAAAGCGGUUCCGCGAUGACCCUGAUGGAAGCGAAGAGAUUGCUCAGGCCCCUCCCAAGAAAAGGGGCAAGCGAGCAAGUGGUGUUAUACCCUCCAGUGAUGGGCCCGUUCCCUCGUCAUUGGGUCCUACCUCCGAGCCGUCGUUGACUCCCAAUAAUCGCAAGGUACAUAAGAUCAAGGUUGUGCGGUCUGGGCCAGAGAACCGGAAUGGCGUGCCACCUGCCAGUGAGGAAGGUGAGGAGCCUCAGAAAGACUACAAGUCGAUGACCAAGUCCGAGAAGAUGUCGGCAUCUAUGAAGAACCGAUGGGCAAAUGGCAACAUGGCCGGGGCUGUUGAAAAGCGAAAGGCGACGCUUGCUGCGAAGAAGGCUGCCCAAGCAGCCGCAGACCAGAAGUUGGGAGUGAUUGCCCCCAAACCCAAGGGCAAGGCAGCGUUGAAGAAAGAAGCUGCUCUGCAGUUGCAGCAGCAGCAGCAUCAGCAUCAACAGCAGCAUCAGCAACAACAGCAACAACAGCUUCACUUGCAGCAGCAGCAGCAUCUUCACCAGCAACACCCACAACAUCCACCACACCAGGGUGGAAAUCCCGGUUUCGUCCAUGGCAUGCCUAACAUGGGCUACCCAUAUCAACAGAUGUGA